CUGGCCAUGCAGGACCUGGACAUGCAGAAGAUUGCAGGAUUCUGGCGGGAGGUCGGUGUGGCCUCCACCCAAAAUCUGGCCCUGAAGACCCCAAAGAGGCGGGAGGCCUCGUUCCUGAGGACAGGGGAUGAGCUGACCGUGAAGGCUGCGUACAACAGCUCAGGAAGCUGUGAGACAGAAAAAAUAGUGGGUUCAGAAAUAGACGUUUCAGGGAAAUUUGUUUUUCCUGGCUGUAGGGAGGUCCGUGUGCUGGAUACGGACUUCGGGUGCUCCACCGUCCUGACUUCCCUCCACUGGCAGGGCAGGGACUUCCACGCGCUCAGAUACUUCACUCGGGGCCUUGAGGAUGAGGAUGAGCCAGGCUUCUGGAAGUUCUGCCAGCUGAGAGCAGACACGGGGCUAUACCUGGUUCCCCGGCAUGGGAGAUGUGCCAAGCUCCUGAAGGAGGUGAGCCUCUGGGCUGAGUCCCCUACUUGA